AUGGAUAGCUCUAUUGACAGAAGCUUAUCCCCUCCAACCCCAUUUCCUACUCUCGAAACAACUACUGCUCCCCUUCCCACAACCAAUGCACCAGGCAGAACAAGAUCGAGAUCAGAUACACUUACUUCAUCAACUGAGCGUCCUCAAUUAGAGGAUUUGAUUCCAACAUCGCGCCGUGAUUCAAUCAAUUCAAAUACAUCCGAUUCAAGCCUUAUCAACGCAGAGCUCGAACGCCUUCGCGCAGAGGUCAUUCGACACGAUCGAGAGCUUCAAGAAUCUGGCAUCGAUCUUGGAAUUUACGGAGAAGCAAUUGCAGCAGAACCUGAAAGUGAGGAAUUCAGUUAUCGUGGAGUUCAGAGCGCGCGACCAUCUCCCCGUCUGCCAUCAGUUCGCCAGCCACUUCCAGUUGUUGAGCACCCUCUUACUGCUGAUUUAAGAGCCCGUCGUCGUGGAUCGGUUAUUCACCACUCUCGAUCGUCUUCUGUCUCUUCACUCCCGUCUACUGAAGACCUUCGAGCCUUUCCAGAGCUUGACUACAGACCCAUUGUACAAGAGCCUUUCCACCAUCAAAUUCCACUCACUUCUUCUACCUACAAUCUUCCUCUACUCACCUCUGCGACAUACGUUCCCCCACCACAAGCACCCAAAACACGUAAGGAUCGUAAGAUGAAUUAUCAGGGUUUCGGUGAUCCAAAUCAAUCCGGCCAACCAUCUAACUCUAGACAAGCACCACCAUCACCGGGUCAAGGCAUGGCUCAUACAAACGGUAUGAACGGUCAAAUGAACAUGGCCGGAAUGGCUAACAUGAUUGGCUUUCCAACUCCCGCCGGACAUCAAUCUGAUCUCAACUACAUUAUGGUUAUGGUUGAAGAAUUGAGCCGUCUUUUGGCCGCCAAUCAGAAGAUUACCGAUAGCAUUCUUGAGAAGAUCGGUAAUGUUCGCCAACGAGCCAAAGACAAGAAUUUGAGCAACGACGAGCUUCUUGAUAUUGUUACUGAGGAAUUGAAUGCUGGCUCGGAGAAUCUUGAAAUCGAGAACGUGCAAUUGCGUAGAGAAGUCGAAUCAUCCAAGGCUGAUGCUGACGAGAAUUGGAAGUUGGUUCUUCAUGCUGCUGGUAUCCUUGAAGAUAUCAAGGAGAAGGCCCACAAUUACAAGUUUCAACAUGAGAAGGAUACUCUUGCUUGGCACAAGAGUUACCGCGAUCAACUUGCUCAAGAACGCAAAGAGAACCUCGAACUUCGAUGCCAUAUUGCGGAUAUGCAAGCUCAUGCUGCAAAGGCCAAUGACUACAUUAAUCAACUUCGUCGUUAUGCUUCCGAGCACAAGAUCAUCACUGAGCUUACAACCCAAGUUCAUCAGUAUAAAGGUGAACGUCGUUAUUGGAAGCGUAUGGCUUGUCCUGGACUCAUUGAAGAUCCUAGCGAGUGGUCUGAUGGUGAAGGUGGUGCUACAGGCGAUAUCCCUGAGGCUGAGAAGAUUGCAUGUGCUCCGUGGAUUGCUGAACGUGAAGAGAUGGCACGCAUUCUUAAUGGCGAUGGUGGAUCAUCUUAA